CGUGAUAGCUGCUAGUUCCAGAAACCUUAAGGUCCCCAAAAAUGAAGUCGUUUAUCCAGUUUCAGUUUGGGAAGGACAGGAGGCCUGAUGGCCUGUGUUAGUCCUGGCAAUGGUGGUUUCUCAGUUGAUCCAACUUUCUUUUGAAAGAAUCGACGGAUGGAGCCUCAACCACGUGCUGAGGUAAUGAGCUCCACUCGUUGAUGAUUCGAUGGGAAAGUCGAUAGUAAGCUGACAAGUAAUAUGUUCUUGGCUUGUGAACUUUUUUGAAGUGUCCUAGUAAAUUCUCUGUUUUGGAAGACAAGAAAAAUGAGGGCAUAUCAGGUGCGAAUUCGGCAAUAAGCAAUUUGAAAACUGUAAUCAAGUCACCUCUAGUUCUGCGAUAUGACAACGGGAAAAGGUUCAGCUUGGCCAGUCGAACUUCAUACAGAAGCUUCGCUAUUCCGGGAAUCGGCCUAGUUGCAGUCCUCUGAACAUUUUCCAGAAGCUUACUGUCUUUUCUUAAGCAGGGGCUGGACGCUGGUAUGCAGUACUCAAGUUUAGGACGUACGAACACUGUAUAUAAAGUCAAAAACGUCUUAGCGUCGACAUGACUAAAAGCCCUACGUAUUGACCAUAACGUUCUAAAACCUUUGGCGGCUAUUGCACGGCAGUGUGCAGUAGUCUUUAAGUCUUGGCUAACGAUGACUCUUAAGUCAUUAUAUGUCUGGACGACAGGUAGUUCAGUGUUAUUCAUCGUGUAUGUAUGUGUACCUUGAUGACCGAUAUGCAUCACAACACACUUGGAAGUAUUUAUCGGCAACUGCCAGGUUUGAGACCAUUCAGAUAAUUUCUUCAGGUCAUUUUGAAGUUCUAAGCUAUCACCUUCAUAUCGUAUCGUUCUCCAUAUCUUGACAUCGUCAGCAUAUAGCAGGACCGAUGAUGAUAGUUGUAACUGUGUUGUUAGGUUAUUCACGUAGGAUGAUAAAAAGACCUGUGUUUGAACCUUAACUUCAAGAAGCUAACGAAAACAAACUAGUUUAAACUAACUUGUGGCGAAGAUAUAUAAUUGCUAUUGAAUAUCAACCUUGGUGUAGAAUUCGGAAAUGUCGUAAAUAUGUAAAUGUGCUGGAAGAAAAGAGAACAAGCCCUGUUGAACCAGACAUUCAAAAUGAUUUUGUAUCACAUACUGCUACUUACACUUCCCCAGAACAAAAUCAACCUUCAGGGUUAGCGCAAACCUACCAAAGGCUAAACAUUACAAGUGCAUCGAACGUUCUGACUGAUCUGUCAGCCUUUUUUUGUUCCCUUCCUCGAAUAUCUUAAUUCUGAAGGCAAUCUCGGCCAUCUAAUCGAAUUGAAGGAUACAAUAAGUAAUGUCUAGACGUUUUACUCCUUUCUCCAAAUUACCUUCAUUCUGUUCAAAGAUGUCUUCAGACGAUACGUUUAAAAACAGAAGUCAAAACAUUCUCCCAUAUGUGGAUGGGGUUUUUAUUGAGCCAGGAGUGAAAGAGAGCAUAGACAAAAUACAAGUUGGUUCACUGGAUCUCUCUGUAUUCAGCUGCCAGUCGAUGAACCCAGAAGCUAUCAAGCUUGCAGAGAGUUUUGAGUGUGAUUCAAAGUCUUUGGAAAGUUUCCUGAAAAGGCUUGUAAGUUCUCUUCAAGUUAACAUGACUCUGUUGCUUGAAUCCAUCUCUGCUUCACUUGAAUUCGAGUCCAGUGACUUCUUUAGUGAAGUAAUUCGAGAAGUUAUUAAGAAAAUGCAAGAGUUUACUCAGUUCCCUUCUACGGAUGAAGACUACUUUUAUUAUCCCGAACACGUAAUUGAAAAAGACGAUUGUGAUUUUAUCUUUCAUUUCACAUUCAUUCUUCGUUAUUUAUGCUGUCCUGCAUAUCGCGGAAAAUUUCAUGGUUUAGUUGUUACGUGCAAGUCGUUACGGCUAAUGGUUCCAUUGACUAUAUUAACUCGUAUUAUUCAUGAAUCUGUUCCUCCAAACAAAUUAUUUAGUUUUCUACCUAUCUUUUGCAAAAGCACAGAAAGUCACUGUAAUGGUCGAAGCAUAGCAAUGAUUUACCAAUCAUCCGACAUAGACUCAGCUGCUAGGUACUGUGUAUCAUCAUUAAAAAAUGCUCUGGGUACUGGAAUAGGCCAUUCACCCGUCAUCUUAGUCGAGGAAUCCAUAUACAAACGUUUUAUUGGUCGUAUGGAAAGCCUUAUUAAUCUAAACACAUCUGCAGAAGAAUUGGAAAGUUACGAAAAGUCAGAAUAUCCACCAUUCUGUACUGAUUAUAUUAAUGAAGUAAUAUCUUAUGCAGACUCUGUCGGUGCAAAAAUUCUUCGUUAUAAUCAGAAAAUACCACAUUCUCCAAUAAUUGUUUAUGACAUUACCCCAUCAUCUGUCAAAGUUAAUAGAAGGAGCGGUCCAGUCGCAUUUGUUCUGUGCUUCCGUACUGUUAAAGAAAGUGUGUCUUUACUAACAUAUUUUAUCGAUCAUCUCAAUAAUCAUAAACGUAAUAGAGUUAAUCCGACGAGCUAUGAAUGUGCGAUCAAUAUAUGGCAAACAGAUUCAAAUAUCAUAUGGCAACUUUUCCAGAUGUUAUUACUGUCAGGUGUGGACAACGUUUUUGUAAAUGCUUCUAGUCGCCAACUGGCUGCGACAAUGUACACAAGACUUUUUGAAGUAAAUGGAUCAUCAUGUUUUCCGAGUGAGGUGUCAAAAACGAAUAACAAUGGAACACUAUAUAAGACAUUAAGUACAGUCAUCUCUACUGCUCGUGCUGCUCAAGUCAGUUCAAUGGCCAAAGGUUAUGAAUUAAUCCAAAGUGAGGUGUCUAAAGAUGAAACAUUAGCUGGUGUUCUACCUAAAGAAGAUGUAUUCAAAUACUUCAUGCGUUACACUAGCAAGUUUUUGGGAGGCCCAGGGAAACUUUUCCUUACUGGAAAACGACAAGAUACAGUCCUUAUUCCAGUCGCUCAUCUUUGCAUAAAACCAACUGGGCCAAUCGUGCUCGUAAUAGACUGUAAGCUACUGUCUGAACCUAAAAAUUGUACUUUCGUUUUGAAACUAAUAUUUUUUAUUUUAUUCGCAGGUAAUGCUGUUGUGUUACUUCUGACAAAUAAUGACUUAAUAGAUGAAAAAAACAACUUUUUAGGUAACGUCAAAACAAUUCAAAAGCGGUUAAGUGUUACUUCUUUGAUAUCCGUUCAUGUAUGUACUUGUCCUAUAACAGAACUCAAUAGUAUCUUAUCUUAUUUGUGUGAACCUUUAACAGUUUUAAAUAUGGAUUGUGUUGAUGUUUUUACUAAAGACCUACCUAAUCAUAUUUCUAAUUUAUUUUGCUUAUCUAAGCCUGUAACUUUGUAUUGGUCCACAGGUUGUAAUGUUUUUUCUUAAUUUAUAUACACUAAUAUAUUUGUUAUUAUGAAGUAUUUCUUAAAACGCAUUAUUUUGCAUUAGUAA